ACGUCAGAGUCGACGCGGUGAGAUCCUGUGGACUCACCACGCGCGGCCUACGGUGAGAGUCAAGCAGGGGCUCUGGCAGAGUCUGGAAGUCGGAGCCCACGGCUUCCCGGACCCCUCUUCCCGGGUUCGUCGCCCACAUUGCGAUAAGCGAGCUUUCCAGCCUUGGCUCCAGCUCCUUUCUGCCUGGGCUGCAGCAUGUUUUGGGCACUGGGAGGACAAAGAUAAAGCCCCGCUCUGGCUCUUCUGUGCUCCGCGAUCUCCGAAGAGACGAGACCGCACAAUCCCGUGUGCUAAAUAGUCAAGGACAAAGGUACUAAGAUUGUGCAGACAGAAGUCAGUGCCUACCUGCUGACCCUCCAGAGCACACCACUGAUUUUCAGAAUGGCCACAGCUCCUCAGGCGCCAGGGAGGGGAUCUGUUCGUAAGACGAGACCUUUAGUUGUAAAGACCUCCUUGAACAAUCCGUAUACUAUCUGCUGGAGUGCUCUGGCAAGAGAGGAUAUGCACUUCAUAUUACAGACGCUGGAAGACAGGUUUAAGUCCAUUGGACUUAGGAAGAUUGAGGAUAAGAAGAGAAAGAAAAAAACAGCUCUUUUGAAAAAAGGGAAAGAAAAAUGCUGCAUAGAUGGUGAUGUUAGUGAGGAUCGGAAGGAGAAAAACCCAGACGCUAAGCAGCAGGUGUCAGGGUGGACGCCCAUGCACGUCAGGAAACAGCUUACAAUUGGUGUUAAUGAAGUUACCAGAGCCCUGGAAAGAAGUGAACUGCUCCUAGUUCUGGUGUGUAAGUCAGUUAAGCCUGCCAUUAUCACCUCCCACUUGAUCCAGUUAAGUUUAAGCAGAGCUGUUCCUGCUUGUCAGGUUCCCAGGCUCAGUGAAAGAAUUGCCCCUGUCAUCGGCUUAAAAUGUAUCCUAGCUCUGGGAUUCAGGAAGGACACCACUGACUUUGUUGAUCAAGUAAAAGCCAUCAUUCCCAGAGUACCCAGUUUAAGUGUACCAUGGCUUCAAGACAGAAUUGAAGAUUCCGGGGAAAACUUAGAGAAUGAAUCUUUGGAAAGCCAAGACAAAGAAAUUCUAGAUGCUUCUUUUGAAGACCUCUCAAAACCCAAAAGAAAGUUCGUUGACAGUAAGACUUCAGCUGUAGCGUUACAGCCCCUUAAAAUAAAGAAACUGAUCCCAAACCCUAAUAAGAUAAGGAAACCACCCAAAAGUAAAAAAAACACUUCAAAGUAACGUUGUGGAAAUUGGUCACUUCAUCCAAUUUUUAAAAGGGUACCCCGUGAUGCCUUGAAACUAAUAAAAUGAGUUAUAUUUACACACAUUCCCAGAAUCCUCUUUGAUACUGUUCCUUUCCAGUAUGUAAGACAACUGUCUGCCACAGAUGUGCUGACGUUUAAAAAGCACUAAAUGCAGAAAAUGUUAAAAAUAUAUGAAUAUCCGAACAAAAGUUUAUUGAAACUAAUGUCCAUGCUUGUAUAAAUUCACGUUGUUAAAGGCUUGUAGGCAAGAACAUCGGUGUCCCAUAACACUUAACAUUCUCUGUCAAACUCGGAAGGUGCCACCAUAGACGUUCUAGUUAGAUGGGCUGACGUAACUGCAUGGGAGAAACAUGAUCAGUUUUACCUUCAGGAGCAACACAUCAUGUUUUAUUUACUUCAUGGCAAUUUGACUUUCUGAGUAGGUAGGCAUAGACACAGACUUGGGAGAAAGGCUUGGUAUUUAUAGAGAAAGCCAGAUAAGGUAUUUUGACUAAUUAGAAUUCACCCCUUUUUACAUGGUUAACUUGCUUAGAAAUCUUAACCCCUAUAAAAAAACAUAGUGAUUAGAUAAAAUGUGUCAAGAAGAGAAAAAUCUGAAGAGCUUGGAUUCUCAGAAGUGGCUGUGUGCCACAACAGGGGUCCUUCAGGUCAGAAAAUGGAGCAAAACCAAAGCUAUUUACAAUGUGUUUAGAAAAGUCACUUUCUGUAAUUUAGAGGGAAUUAUUAGAUUGCCAGAACUUUUUUCAGGUUAAAUUCUGGCUGACUCAUAGAUUAUGCCACCUCUUCAUUCUUGGUCAAAAAGAAGAAAAAAUAGAGCAUUUUUAUAAUAAAAGUGCAGGACAAGGUAGGUUUUUUUUUUUUUUAUCAAUAAAAUACUACCUUUGAAUUUUUUCACAGCUACUUUUAUAAACAAUCGGUUUUAAUGAUUCUCUAAAAUGUUCAGUGUAACAGUUUCAUCACAAGUUAAUAAGCUCAUGACCAAAUUUCUUGCAGACUGGCAAUUCUGCAAUUAUUUAAAAUGCUUCUUUGAAGUAAGACUGUACCGUAACAAUAAGUGGGAUGUAAAUUCCCACCUAGAGCUUUGACUCCAAUUGGGUCAAAAUCUUUUACUUAAUGUUGGCAUCUCAGAAAUGUUACAGUGAGUUGGUACAGUUUUAUUUCUUGAAACCUCUCUCCUCUCUCGGAAAGACGGAAUGCAACUGGGUUUGAACACUCCAAAAUGAGAAAUCAUCGAGAGCCGCCAAAAACAGUGCUACCGUGGGGGCUGGGGGUGGGGCAGGUCUGCCCUCUAAUGGUAGCCUCAGGGAUGCCACAGCUGCACGUAGGUCUUUAAGAGAAUGGCCAGCUAUGAAAAGUAGCUUCCAACUCCUUGGUGUAAAUCAGGGUCAACAAACUUCCUGUAAAGAACCAGACACUAAAUAUUUUAGGCUUUGCUGGCUGUAACAUCUGCCACUGCAACUCAUUCUGCCUUUGCAAGAUAAAGCAGCCUCAGGCAACAUAAAUGUUAAGUGUGGCCAUGUUCUAAUAAAACUUUAUGGAUGCUAAAAUCUGUAACUCUUUGACUUCUCCCCCACCACACACAAUCAUUCAGAAAAAUAAAAACAACACUUAGCUCAUGAGCUAUAUAAAAACAGGCUGUGGGUCCCUGGCCCAUGAUUUGACGGCCCCUCCCCGGUGUAAGAAAUGAUUGGUUUCACUGGAUUGCUUACAACAUGAAGGAAAUGCCAUCAUGUUAUCUAAAAUAAUGAACUUUUUCUGCACUGAACAGCCUAGGCACUGGUACAGUAAAGGCAGGAAGUAUCUAUUUUGUGUUUGAGACAAGGCCAGUCUAUGUGGCUUCUUGUAACAUCUUUUCCCUUGGGUGACUGGCAAUAUAUACACGUCUAUGUACACUAUGAAGCUUUGUUUUCAAAUUCUAGGUAAAAACACCGGCAGUAACAAAAUUAUGAAUAGUUAUUUACAAGUAAGAUAUCUUCCAUUAGCAUGACAGUUUUCAUGAUAAAUUAAAGUCAGCAUAAAGGAACAUGUGCAAUUUUGCAUAAGUAAUAACAACAUUCAAACUAUCAAUGUCCUGAUAGCACUAAUAAAUUCCACCGGGCAUCUCUUUUGACUUGGCAGCUUUCAUUUCCUUUUCCUCACAUAUCCUUGAU